AUGCAAGACAUCGCCCACCAUGCGGCGGACGUCCUGAGGUACGGGGCGCAGGCGCUGGGGGCCACUGUCGUGGCGCGGGCCGCCGCGCCGAGCUGCGGAGCCUGCUCGCCGCACCUGGCCUGCCCCGCGCCUCCGACCCUCUCCUGCCCCGCCUGCGUCUGCGCUGGCGCGGGCGGGCACGUGGUCGAGCCCUCGUGUCUGGGCCUCGUCACGGCCUACUCGGUGGCCGCGCUGACCAUCGGCCUCGCUUUCGGGGCCGUGGGGGGCGCCUGGGCGGCGCGGCGGCUUCUCGGACCGACGCCCCGCCGGCCGCCCGCCGUGGUGGAGUUCGUGGACGGCAUUGACAUCGCCGCCCUCGCGGCUCAGCAGGUUCUGAUGGCGGGCAACUUCCACGUGCUGCGCUACCGCGUCGGCGGCGUACCCCUGUGGCACGAGCGCCUGUUGCUUGGCGUCAACGGGGGCCUCGGCUACAUCCUCACGCCCGACUUCGACGACUACGACGAGCCCAUCGUCGCCGGCCCCGACGUGCGAGCGGUCCUGCAGCUCGCGGGCCAAGGCGACACGCCGCCAGCGCUGGCGGGCGUCGCGGUGCACCGCUUUCGCCGCCUUCCGACGGCCGCGGAGCUGUGGGCGGCUGUUGCGCGCUCGGUGGCCGCAGGCUACCCGAGGCCCCCCGACCCUCUGCCGCUGGCGCUCGCGGCGGGCAACGUCGUAGGCGUCCCGCCUGGUCCCUUCCCGCUGGCGGACCCUGCGGCUGCCGCAGCCCUGCGGCCUGCGGCCCUGCCGCCACCUCCUGGCGGGGAAGGGGCGGCGCUGCCCGCGGGGGCCGCGGCCCCGCUGGCGAUGCCCCCCGCGGCCGCGGCCGCUGCGGCGGCCCCUCUCGGCGUCGCCCCUGGCGUCGCUGCGCUGGCCGCCGCGCUGGGAGCCGUCCCGCCUGGGCCUGCUGGGCCUCUGCCGCUGGUGCCCGCUCCUGCAGUGGAGGCUGCGCCCGCCGCCGCCGCCGCUGGGGCGCCUGCCCCCAUUGGCGACUUCAGGGUCCUCCCGAUGCUGCUCAACCCGAGGGGCGAGCGCGAGAGGAGGUUCGGAGAGACCGUCAACGCCCUCUCUGAGACCCCUGUGCAGGGUUGGCCCGUGCAGGGGCCGAGGACCCUCCUCUGGUGUUUGUCCUUCAUGUCGACGAUGGCGGGUACGCCCGCCGCGUGGCACCAGAGGUGGCUCACGUCGAUGGCCCUGCCCGACGAGGGCGAGCACGCCAAGCUGCACGAGACGCUCUGCCGCGUCCUGGACCUCGCCGUCGUGUGCGAUCAGCUGCAGAUCGCCGAGAUGGCAUCGUUCGAGAUCAUCGCUCGCCAACUUCUUCUCCUCGAGGAGCGGGUGUACGAGACGCGAUCGCCACCUCCGAGCGGCGCAGCUCCCAAGGCCAAGGCCGCGGCUAGAGGCGGCGCCUCAGCUGGGACUUCCAGCGCACCUGAGACCAUCCACUUCCUCGGCGCUGGUGUCUCCAAGGCCAAUCUUUGCAUCUCGCCGAAGCUGCUGGCGUACAUCGCAGACCAGAUGAGGGCGGAGGCCGCCAUCAGCAAAGAGCGCCGCAAGGCCCGCGAGGAGCGGGCCUUGCGGGCGCCAUGGCGCCUGAGAACUUCAGGCCUGGCUGUGGGGCGCGCCACAGUGGCGCCAGCCAG